UGGUCUCACAAUGGAGAAUCAACAACGAACUAACGAAGUACAGUAUCACACUCUAUCCAAAUAAAGCUCGCAAAAAUACAAAAUAAGAAAUGAAAACUCUACAGUGACUAUCCAUGAUCAAAUCCAUAUAUCACAAGUCUAUUGCGACGACUCUUCUCUUCCAGUGACUAGUGGCGAUGGCUGAAUUCAAGUAUUCAUGCCAGACCGUUUCCGAGACUCUGACAUGGAUCAACGACAUCCUCGAUUUUCUCAAACCUUACUCUUUCUUAAUCAACGCUCACGUUGUCAAUUUCUUCAAGGACAGACUAUGGGAGAAUGUUAACGCGGAAUGGAUCGAUUGCCUGCGCCGGGAACCUGUUCAAAAUCUUCUCUUGAUACCUUCUGGAGUUGUGCAGGAUCAGUGGCCAGCUUCUCUGAAGGAGUUCAUCCAAAAAUUAAGGUCUAUGGUAUUUUCUCAAGAACAAGCAGAUGUUAACAUGGCAUUACCUGGCCUGCAUAUAACCUCGCUUAACAGUGUUCUUUCCCAGGGCAUGAAUGUAAAGAAAAAACAUGAAGUAGAAGUUCUUUCUGCUGUUGUGAAUACAGUUGCAGAGAGUGUGAGAGCUCAGGGCAUUGUUGAUGUUGGUGCUGGUCAGGGUUAUCUUGCACAAGUACUUGCCUUUCAAUACCAGCAUCCUGUCAUUGCAAUCGAUGCAUGUUCUCAUCAUGGGAGUGUUACCGAUGCACGGGCAGGACGAAUUAAAAAGCACUAUGCAUCAAAGAUGGUAAAAUCUGGAUCAGGUAUGCAGAGUUUGAACGUUCCAAAGACAAUCACAUGUUGUGUGUUGUCCAUUGACGCAUUAAAAACCUUGGUUGAAACGUCUUUGCCAGGAGAUGUUGAGCAAUCUAUGUUGAACGGGGAAAAACAAGAAGGUCAAGGAAAGCUACAUUGGCCUAGUGUUGCAAACAAAAGACCUUCGACUGUUCUUGCUGGGCUUCAUGCUUGUGGUGAUCUUUCUGUGAUUAUGCUGAAGACUUUCUUAGACUGCAAAGAUGUUAAAGCUAUUGUUAGCAUUGGUUGUUGUUACAAUCUACUAUCUGAAGAAAGCAUUAGGGGUGGUGACUCUCAAUGUGGAUUUCCAAUGAGUCAUGCUUUAAGGUCCACUGGCUUAUCACUUGGAAAAAGUGCACGCGAUCUUGCUUGCCAGAGUGCAGAGAGAUGGAGGAGCCUGGAUAUGCAUGCUGCCAUUCAGAACUUUGAAUUGCAUGCUUUUCGUGCUGCUUUUCAAAUGGUUCUUUUUAAGUAUUAUCCGAAAAUUGCGAUGCGUACUCCUUCAAUUGGGCGUAAAGGGAAGGCUUUGCGUAGGCGACACCAACAGAGAUCUGCAGAGUCCCAGCUGCAUCUUAAAGGAAAUUCUUCUGAUAUCAGACAGAAUUUCCCUCCUGUAGUGUCUGCCGAAUCAGAAACAGGUGUUGGGUGUAAAGGGACUAAAUUUGAUGACAAAUUUUCACAUUUUGAGAACUUCUGCCAAUCUGGAUUGUCUUCUCUUGGAAUCGAACAUUCACAUGAUAUAAACCUUCAAGGCAUAUGGAAGGAAGCAGAACAAUUUGCUGACUUCAUAGGACCGUAUUGGUCUCUAAGAGCUGCUUUAGGGCCACUUUUGGAAACUCUUAUUCUGCUGGAUAGGUUACUGUUUCUUCAAGAGCAAGGUAGUGAGUUGGAAGCCAAGUUGGUGCCAAUAUUUGACCCAAGCAUAUCCCCAAGAAAUGUGGCCAUAAUUGCAAAAAAGAUUGACAAUGAUUUAUGAUCCUCCUGUUACUGAAAGCAGGAUACAUCGCAGCGUUUCCUGUUUCUGAAAACGGGUGUGAAGCAUCUACUUUUAUGCAUAAAUGGUUCCGCAUGAAAAGGAUUGUUAUGUCUCUCACAUGUUGAUACCUUAUGUUAUUAAAUCUGCUAAACCAUAAUAAAGCACCGGUACUGCUUCUCCCCGCUUGGUUUGAUGAUCAGUUGAUUCUCAAGUAUCAAGAUUCAAGAUCAUCUCUGUUGAAGAGAGUAAAUUCAGAUGGGACAAGGCCACAUUGCUGCAUCAUUCAAUCCUACUGCUUAUGUCUCUUGUUGGAAAAAUGGUGUUAGUAAGUGUUACAAAUUAAUCUUGGACAGGCUAGAAGAGUGCAAACUUCUAGUUGAAUUUGAGUUCAGAAAACCAUAACCGGUUCACACAUGCUUCAAAGUUCAAACAGCUCGGUUUGGUUUUAUUGAACUGUUUUUUGGGUCAGUUCGGUUCAACUUGCUUGAGAACCUGAAGCAUGAACUGUCCUUAAGGCUUAAACAACGAUAUUAAUUUUCCCAGGCAUGAUUUAUGUUGGGUACAAAAGUAACAGCAGAUUUUGCAAUUUCA